AUGCAUGACGUGGGAAGGGCGAGUGGUGGACUCUUAAUGGGCAUCAACAAAGCUUUCAAACACGAAGCUCUAGAAACAACUCCUUGGUGGAUUAUUGUCAGGGUAUCUCUGGAGAACUGGAGCUUUAUCCUAUGCAAUUUUUACUUUAGUCCGUCUCUGCCACUUCAGCAUCUUUUGGAUAUUCUUCAGUUGACCAUAAAUGACAUACGAAUGACUUAUCGCGAUGAGCUAUUAGUGAUGGGAGGUGACUUUAACGCCCGUGUAGGAUCCCAGGGCUCAGUUCAUGAAGAUGCCCUUCUAGGCUCUUCGUUACACUCAACUCGUUCAUCAUUAGACACCACUCACACGGCCAGGGGCUCACAACUCAUAAACUUCGGCGACAUCAAUGGACUCAUCCUGCUAAACGGGAGAACCCCUAGCAAUCACCCCGCCCAGCACACCUUCUGUUCCUCCUCUGGUAAGUCAGUCAUAGAUCUGGUAUGGGUUGAUCUCGCGGGUGCAAAUCUUAUAGACGACCUGCAGACUAUGUCCGAAGCUACCACAUCAGAUCAUUUCCCAGUUGCAGCAACACUAAACUUUCCCAUAAAGACGCCAACCUCUCCUUACUCCUCUGACUCUAUCCCCUCCUCCGUUAAGCUGAGAUGGAACUCACCAGCACAGGAAUCCUACACAAACGCCAUGCUACUGUCUCAACACUUGGGGAUCUCAUCUGAGACCUCUACGAUUGACUCUCUACACACAAACCUCGUCUCGGCAAUCAUAGAGGCCUCCAAAGAGGCAGGAAUGUUAACGCAAAACACGCAAAACACUGUACAAUUAACCACUCACAAACCGUGGUUUGACAAAGACUGUCGAGACGCUAGGAAAAAGCUACAUCAAACUCUAAAGCUGGCCAGAGCUGCCAAAUUUAAUUUAUCAGAAACUGAAGAAUAUUUAAACCAAAAAAAGAGUUACAAGGAGCUAAUCUCCACCAAGCUCAACUCCUACAGGCUCACAGUUGUCCAGAGAUUUGCUGACAUUAGUAAUACCACACAAUUUUGGCGCACAUAUAACAGCUUCAAAAAGCACUCCCACUCGCCCUCUCUACCUCUUGCCACCUGGAGCGAAUUUUAUAAAAAUGUAUUCCCGCCUAGAAUUAUAGACAACACUACCUAUUUCGGAGUCUCAGACCCCAUACUAGACACAUCAAUCACGUACGAUGAGAUUCGCAGGUCAAUUAAUGGCAUGAAAAAUGGUAAGGCACCAGGUCCAGACGCAAUCACGGGUGAAUUCAUAAAAAAUUUGCCUUCAAACUGUCUUCUCUACAUACAAUCGAUGUUCAUUGAGAUCCUCGAUACUGAGCACAUUCCCAGUGACUGGGCUCAAGUUGCUAUGUUCAUGUUAUUCAAAAAAGGAGACCAGUCGGACCCCGGUAAUUACCGAGGUUUGGCUAUGAUAAAUGUUCUAACAAAAGUUUUCACUACGAUCUUGAAAAACAGGCUAAUAAAAUGGAUUGAUCUGACUGGUGCCUUGCCCGAGGAACAGGCAGGUUUCACAGCCAAAAAAGGCUGCAUUGACAAUAUUUUCUCGCUAUUGGCUGCCCUUCAAAUAGGACUGAGAAACAAAAAGAGCCGCCUAUACGGCCUCUUCGUUGAUUUUAGGAGAGCCUUCGACUCCGUGCCACACAGCGCCCUCUGGAGGAAACUCUUCCUCUUGGGUGUCAGUCCAAAAAUGAUAAGAAUCCUGAAGUGCUUGUACGACCAAGCAGAAUUACGUGUUAGAUCGGAAGGCCGCCUCUCGGGGGUGUUUGAGGUCACGGAGGGGGUUCUACAGGGAGAAAUACUCAGUCCUAUUUUAUUUAUUCUAUAUUUGCACGACAUAGUAGAUUUCUUUAGGUCUAAAGGUGCACAAGGCAUCCAAAUCAAUAAUGUAUAUGACUUAAUAAUGCUACUGUACGCUGAUGACCUGGUCAUACUUGCUAGAACAUUCUCUACUCUCAGGAAAUCCCUCAGAAUUCUUGAGGAAUAUUGUGCGUGUAAUAAACUCACUGUAAACAUGGAUAGAACCAAGAUCAUACACUUUAGGAAAGGUGGCCCAAGGGAAAGAAGGAGUCUCUUUUACAACGGUCAACCAAUUGAAUGGGCAGACGAGUACGUAUACUUGGGAGUGCCGUUUACAAGCUCCACGCUGGGACUUUCGGCGGCUAAAUCAGCUUCACAAAAAGCACAUUCCGCCGCCGGGGCAGCGCUCUCGACGCUUGCUAGUAUCAAAGCCGAGUCUUGGCAUGGUAUCACAAAGAUUUACGAAGCCACUGUAGCUAGCACGCUCCUAUAUGCCUCUCAUAUUUGGGGCUUGCGACACCUAGACACACUUGAAAAGUCCCAACUAAGUUUUUACAAGAGACUCCUCCUUCUCCCAAGCGGUACCCCCAGUGCACCACUAAAACAUGAGCUCAAUUUAUCCUAUGUAAAGACCGGGGUGCUGAGAUCGGCACUAGGAUGGAUCGCAAGGAUUCUUGAGAUGGACGAACAUCGCAUUCCUAAAAUUUGCUUCAGCAGACUUGUAAUUUUAGCAAACAGCUUAUCCACCGAUCCCAGUUACAACUGGAUCUUGCAGAUUGAACCCUUGCUGGAACUCGGUAAUGCUCCACCAACAAUCUGGUUCAGCUCAUCCAGUGCUCAUUGGAAAAGACUGACCUCCAAAAUCCUGAGCUCAUUCUCUGCCAAUCUCAGGCGCCUUGAUCUAGCUGCCAUCACAGAAAAAACUCCUUGUCAAGUGGCAAUUCCCCGUCAUCUAAAUUCGCCUAUCGCAUCAUAUCUCAAAGAAAACCCUGUUCAUAUGGCCAGAGUACUCGCACAGGCAAGACUUGCCAACAAUCACUACUUCAGCUUUAGUUUUAAACGCAUGUAUUACGGUAUAAACCCGCAACUUCUAUGUUCAAUUUGUAACCUACAAGAAAACGAGAACCUGGCGCAUAUCUUUCUAAGGUGUCCAGUCUACAGACCCUACAGAGAACACUUCAUCGCUCCAUUAUACCCUACUCACGCUACUGAUGAUGUCUCCCUGCUCCUCAACAUCCUAAAUGACCUUAGACCCGUGACAGUAAAAGCCGUUUACUUAUUUCUAGCACGCUCGAUGAACCUCAGAGCGUUUUGCUUAAAUGACUAA